GCAGGACCGAGGCUCCACCUCUCCCCGACUGCCUUCCUCUGAGCUUUUUAGAUGUACAUAAUCCCUGAGUUGACCCAGAAAAUAGGCAGUCGUUUCAAGAUCUGAUGCGGCAGUCUUUGUGCACACCGUCCCCGCUUGAGCAUGAAGCGUAACCCUGUGGAAUACACGCUGUAAUUCAGAGGAGCUACGAUUACAAGAGGAAAACUGUUCAAAAAGCCGGAGCUGAAGAAAAGUCGCGCAACUUUGUGGAAACGUAGUGAAUGCGGACAGGAGGCAUGGCAGAUCAUCUGAUGAUGCCCAUGAAUCACAACUCAGCGGGUGCCAGUCUCCACGGUUACAGGAUGGGUAUGAAUAGCGGCCUGCAGGCAGGACCCCAGCAGCAUGCCAACCAGCAGGGCAUGAGGGUGCUGCCCAGUGGCCAGAUGAUGCACUAUGGUGGCACUCAGGCCAACAUGGAGACCGCCAUGAGGCAGCGACAGGGCAUGGUGGCUGGACCCAUGAAUGGACAGCUGAAUGGGGCCCAGAUGGGUCACCAUCAAAUGACCUCUGGUCACAUGAUGUAUAAUGGCCAGCCCCAGCAGCAACAACAACAUCAUCCACAACAGCAGCACCACAUGCAUCCGCAACAGCACCAACAGCAGGCCCAGCAUAUGCAGCAGCAACAGCAACAACAGUUCAUGAAUGGAGGAUUAACUUCUCAGCAGCUAAUGGCCAGCAUGCAACUGCAGAAACUCAACACCCAGUACCAUGGACAUCCACUGGGUCCUAUGGGUGGGAACCACAUGGGGCCCACAGCCCAGUACCGCAUGAGCCCAGCUCAGCUGGCUAACAUGCAGCACAUGGCUAGCCCGGCACUAGCCUUGAAUGGCAUGGAUGCGGAUAUGAUUGACGAAGAUGUCCUGACUUCACUGGUAAUGGAGCUGGGCUUGGACCGAGUCCAGGAGCUGCCAGAACUCUUCCUGGGCCAGAAUGAAUUUGAUUUCAUCUCGGACUUUGUCAGCAAACAGCAGCCAAGCACUGUUAGUUGCUGAGAGGACCUUAUUUGCAGUUGCGCAAAAAUGGAGACAGAAGAGUGAGAAUUGUUCAGAACAGACGAAGAGUGUUCAUUUCCUCACUUUUUAUUUUGUGAGCACCUCUCCGUACGACUAUACCACAAUGCUGUGCAGGGUGCACAAAGGAGAACUCUGGGUAUUUGCGUUGAAUGCACAGGGCAUGCGUCUUGUGCACUUGUGGCCAGAGGGUGGAUGGCUUUAGGGCCCACUUCUCCUAUUUCCUGGACAUGAAUGUAAUAAAGAAAUGCUGAAGUUCUUAAAAGCCACUCUGAACAAUGCUAUGACACUAUGUAGCCUCCCAAGCCUGGACUCCAAGACAGUUUAUCAGUUUAAAAAGUGUAUUUAUUUAUUCCUAUCUGAGAAACCUGAUAUAAAGAACAACCAGCUUCUCCAUUUUGGGAUCGAAGUGGUUUAAUGAUCUUUUUCUGAACGUAGGUUGGGGGCGGAAAAUAAAAUUAGUUUUCUGCAAUUUUUAUUUUUUUUCCCAACUCUAUGUGGCAUAGUCUUGAAAUAAGCUCUGAUGCCAGUGUCAUCUAAAAGAGCAUGGGUUUUUAUUUUUUAAAUUACAGAAGUAAAGUGUUGUUUCAUUACAAUGGGAGUUUCAUCCAAAUUUAAAAAUGGUUCACUUUUCAUGAAGUGCUGCCUUUUUAGAUGUGAUGUUCUGAAAAAUCUACUGCUUGUACUGUAUGAAGCUGUAUAACUCCAACAUGUCCACACUGUUGUGUUCUAUUGGAGAUGUAGAACCGCCUUAAUCACGCAGAUUCUUAUUUAUUGGUUGUUUAUAUUGUCCCCUUUUUGUGGUCGAGAUGGGGGGGUGGGAUGGUUUUUGUGAAAGGGGUUUCAAGGAUCAAUAAAAAUGGCCUGGAUAGAUGUGUGGCCUGCUUUUCCAUUCAUUGCAUAGCUCUUCCCUCAGGCAGUGCUUAGGUUAACCUCUGGGUGAAUCCUCUGUUUUCUUUCAAAUCUGAGAAGGAAUGUUUUAAAAAAUACAUUAUUUGUGCAGUUUGAGGUGGAUAUCUGGUCCAGAUCUCCUGAGUUUAGUUUAAUUUACCUUUUCAUAGCUAAAACUAAGUAUCACUGAUAAGACCAUGAUUGACAUGGUGAUAACUGCAGUUUUCUGCUGCCUAGCGUGUAUUAUUCUAAUGUACAUUUCAAUGACCGAUGACAUUCAGCAUUUUUCUCCCCUUGGUGAUUAAGUAAAAUAAGUGUUUAGAUGACAUUAAAGGUGUUUGACAAUAUAUCCAGUCAUAGGGUGGUGUGCAUUCAGUUUACAAUGCUGAAUCCAAUUCUUUCUAUUCUUUGUGUAGAGUACUUAAGUUAUUUUUGAUCGUGUUUUAACUGACUUUAUGCACAUAAACUGUAAUUCAGAAAUGGUGCCGUCCAUAGAGGGUGGUCAAAGAAACUGACAAUUGACUGUAAACAGUAACCAAACAAAUUCAAAACAGCCCCUCUCUAGUCAGGGCCACUGCCUGUUGGAGGAGUAAAACAAUUUUCCUAAUAUAAUUGCAUUCAUUAUAAAAAUGAGGGUAAAGAGAUUCUCUGCGGUGUCUGAGUUUGUUGAAUUGUUUUGUGCCUCCGGGCUAUGAAAAUGCUUGAUUGAGGUCAUGUUGGGAAUGUCAUCACCACAGUUAGCUCUUCAUAUUGUCAACAAAGGCAUCUUUAGUGGCAUCAUCAGUAACAAGGAUGGGAAAUGAGAGCAUGGUUGCAAAAAUAGUGUUAGCUGAUUGCUCAAUUUUGAAGUCGGUGCAGCUCUUCAAACAGCCACCUCUGUUCAGUUGUCCAAUUGUGUUAAAGGCCAACAAGCUCAAUUUGAAGCAUGGUAUAAUGGAUGGGCCAAGCUGAAAUAUCUUGGCCUAAAUGCAGGGCAUGUUUUAAAUAACAAAGACUUGCUUAAGGGUGCAUGUGUGUAUGUGUAGAUUUUCUUGGCUUGACACUAACAUGAGAACAGCUCAUAAGUAGGCCAACAGCCUUGGCACAGUGCUUAGUAACGGUUGCAGGUCCUUUUGCCCAGUGCCAAUCUGGUGAGAUGGUCUUCUGGUGUGUGUGGCACAUGGGGCAUGUUGGCACACUGUCAGAACUCAGAACUGUCUCCUCUUAUAUCUCAUAAUUGUACGUUGCACUGCGAGCUUCUUGUUCAGCCCCAAUUAAAUGCAGAGGGUUUUUUUUUUCUUGAUUGCAACUCCAUAGACGAGUGGCUAACUACGCAAAACAGCCCUGUUUGCUCUCUGAAUCCCUUGUUAUGACUGCCGCCUGCCUCACGGAGGCCAGUCUAGACGCAGGCUAAGCAGGGUGGGACACACGGAGACGUUUACUGUUAACUUCUGUUUUUCUUGCUCUCUCGUUUUCAGCCCACCCACAGCAACUGCUUCAGCACAACACAGUCUUCCUGUGGCAGCUUGCUGUUUUCUCAAUAUAAGUCACAGACCAAAAGCCACAUUCUAAGACGUGCAGACAGGCAAAUUGAAAGAGACAAAAGAUAAGAAGAGAGAGAGAAAUUGUAAGGAUCUCUUGAGUUUACAAUUAGAAAUUAGGUGGAGGGAUUUUUUUUGUGUGUUUUGCUUUUGCUCUCGGGGAUUUCUUAGCUGGAUUUUCCCACAUAACUUUUAUGAUUCCAGUUAAAAGGAAUAAACUAAAAAAAAAAACACACAUCAUGCAAAAUACUUUACGUUCCUCUCUUCAGAUCUCCAUGUCUGCAUUAAGUACUGUCUAGUUUUCUCUUUCCAGGCUGUGGUCCAGCUGGUGCCAAGCCUAAGCUCAUGUUAAUCUUUGGCCCUAGUGCCAGUGACGGAUAGGUGGUCAUUUGCUGUUGUCACGCAUGGCCAGGUCUUCACAUGCACGCACGUGCGCAUCAUCCGCACACAACCUGAUCAAACAGGCUAACAGGGCUACCUACGUAUCAGUGUGGAGCAAUGGGAAGAUAAAGGUUUUAUGUCUCAUCUCUGGUCAUUGUGAUCCUUAAAACGUCAUCUGUGUUGUCGGAUUAUGUUUGAGUACUUGUGCAAAUGCGGGUAGUGAGAAACAUUCA